AUGGAUACCAGCAAGAAGGUGGAUCUGAAGAUAAUCAUCAUUGGAGCGCUGGGCGUGGGCAAAACCUCCCUCCUGCACCAGUACGUGCACAAGACGUUUUACGAAGAUUACCGCACCACGCUGGGGGCCAGCAUCCUGACCAAGGUCCUCGCGGUGGACAGCACGCCCCUGAAACUGCAGAUCUGGGACACGGGGGGACAGGAGCGGUUCCGGUCCAUGGUGUCGACCUUUUACAAGGGCUCGGACGGCUGCAUGUUGGCCUUCGACGUGACGGACCGGGAGUCCUUUGAGGCCCUGGACAACUGGCGGGACGACUUCCUGGAGAAGGUCAUUCCACGGGAGCAAGAUUUCCCCAUGGUGGUGCUGGGGAACAAAAUAGACAUCUGCGAUCGGCAGGUACCCAGGGAGACGGCCUCAGCCUGGUGCAAGGAGAAAGACAUCCCUUACUUCGAAGUCAGCGCCAAGAACAACAUCAAUGUGGCAGAGGCUUUUGAGACCCUCGCGAAGCAGGCGUUGGCCACGCAUAAGGGGAUUUUUGAGAGCUAUUUGACCGACUCCAUCAAACUCACUCCCAACGACAAGCCC